AUGGCGAAGCUUUCCAUGAAUUCAUUGGUACAAGCCCAUCGCGGGAUCUCUCACUACACAUCGACUCCUGCCACUUCGCCCACGAAGCCGUCGUCUUCGUCCCCUGAACAGAUGAACGAUUCAUCACCAGCAAACAAUUUGCUAACAAAGAGGGCUCUAGGAAGGUCCAGAUUUCCAAAAAAAUCAUUGGCAAUCGUGGGAGAUCAUAUGAAGCAUGAAGAGAUCUCCUGUCCAGACAUCGCCAUGGGAAUCGGCGGUGUCAACUAUGGGGUUUGUGUUCUCUUCUGUGCUCAAGGCUCGAUAAUACAUCCUAGCGGUCUGUUCAAAAUGCCAAGAACACCACCAUAUGCGACUGAACCAGUCGUGGCAGCCUUUCAUUCUCGGGCCUUCAACUCCGUCAACGAUGCUAUUAUCAGCAAAGAUGGAAGAAUAUGGUUCACCGAUCGUCCCUACGGCUAUGACCAAGUGUAA